CUGUAGCACAGUCUAAAUUGCGGAAGUAAUCUGCUCACUACCGUAUCGACGCAACUUCAGUGGGCGUUGAAAGCUACACCGUUUACAAGAAAAGGUAAAAUAGAGAAAAUUUGGAACUGACCCAAGAUGUGGAGGUCCCAAGUAGGAAACAAUGUGAAUGUCGCACAGGAAGAGGAUGACGAUUGGGAAACUGAUCCAGAUUUCGUGAACGAUGUGAGUGAAAAAGAACAGAGAUGGGGGUCCAAAUCUGUUGAAGGAUCAGGAAGGCAAGGGUCUCUCAAUAUCAAUGAGCUGAGAGAGAAUGUGAAGCAAGACGAUGCCAAGACAAAGGAAAAGGAACAGGCCACUGCUCCCAAAGCUUCGUACGGAUAUGGAGGGAAGUUUGGCGUUCAGCAGGACAGGAUGGAUAAGUCUGCCCUUGGUCAUGACCAUCAGGAAUCGCUCCAGAAGCACGCAUCCCAGGCCGACUAUGCCAAGGGGUUUGGAGGAAAGUAUGGAGUGCAGAAAGAGAGAGUGGAUAAAUCAGCUGUCGGGUUCGACUAUGAGGGAAAGACAGAUAAACAUGCUUCACAAAAAGAUUAUGCGACAGGUUUCGGAGGAAAGUUUGGAGUACAGAAAAGCAUGGAUAAGAGUGCUGUUGGAUGGGAUUACCAAGCAAGUUUAGCACAGCACAACUCACAAAAAGAUUAUGCGACGGGUUUCGGUGGCAAGCACGGUGUCCAGAAGGAUCGUCAGGACGCUUCAGCUGUUGGGUUUGACUAUGAAGGAAAGACGGAGAAACAUGCCUCACAGAAAGAUUACGCCAGCGGGUUUGGCGGGAAAUAUGGCGUGCAGAAGGACCGCCAAGAUUCAUCAGCGCUCGGUUUUGACUACGAAGGCAAGACAGAGAAACACGCAUCUCAAACGGACAUGAGCAAAGGAUUCGGAGGAAAGUUUGGUGUUGAUAAAAAUGCGCAGGACGCAUCGGCAGGCGGUUUUGACGACAUGCAGGGCGUUUCAUCAUCGUAUACAAGAACAAGACCCCAGCCACCAGCUAAAGGAGGCGCUGGAAGUCUGAGGAAUAAGUUUGAACAGAUGGCCCAAGCAGGUGAAGAGGAGAGCAAAAGGAAAGCGGAGGAGGAGAGGAUGAGGAGACAAGCUAGGGAACAGAAAGAGCGAGAGGAGAAUAAGAGAAAGGAAGAGGAGAGACAGAGAGCGUUAGCAGAGCAGCAUAGAGCGCUUCCAGAUGAGCCAGAGCCGGAACCAGCCACAUCACCGCGUCACGAAGCACCUCCAGCAGAGGAUGAAUGGGAGACGCAAGAGGAACAAGAACAACCCCCAGAGCUUCCCCCACCCAGGCAGCUUCCAACGUUACCAGGGCGACAGGCCCAACCGCUCCCUGCCACGCCAGACGAACCAAACGUUUAUGAGGACGCGGGAGACGUGGGGGCGAAUUUCAACGAGCCAGAGGACACUUACGCAGAUGCGGAUGCAACGGCGACGUACGAUCAACCUCCAGAUGAUAUGGGUCAACAAACUUAUGAAGAAGUUGACCACGCACCUGUUGCCGAUGACUCCACCUACGAAGACCUUCCACCGCAGGGUGAGCCUGUUGAAGAUACUACCUAUGAAUCUGUACCUGAGGGACAAGAUGGACUCAGAGCGAAGGCUCUCUACGACUACCAAGCUACCGAUGAAGACGAAUUGACCUUUGACCCCAAUGAAAUAAUUACACAAAUAGAGAAGAUUGAUGAGGGGUGGUGGAAGGGUGAAUGCCGGGGGAAGACUGGACUGUUCCCAGCAAACUACGUAGAAAUGUUGUAAAUCACCAGAGAUCUACUAUAUCAGCUUCAACUACAGAACAACCAUUUUGUUUGCAGCGCGCCAUGAUCGUAGCAGCCGUGCAGCAGUUCCAAUGCACAGGUGUCAAUUAGACCAGUUGUCUUACAGCCUAAAUACCCUAGGCUCUGCCUCGGGCAUGUAAAAACGGUUCCAAAGGUGCCUCGGGGGUUUAAUUCCUAUUAAUGUCCUCGAUGGUGUUUAUUAUUUGUAUAUUAGAGCAUAACUUGAGGAGACUAAUUAGCAUUAGACACUAUGAGAUCGUUUAAGUGGAUUGGCAGUUUUCAUACCAUGUAAUUGGAUAUGUGCUUCCAAAUGGGUUAGAAUUUUACAUAGGAUUUUGUACGCAGUCACUGUUGCAACGAGAAUCAAAGAACAUUGCACCACGAGUGAAAUGCAGUUUCGCUUAGAAAAAAAAAACAUUCCACAUAGAUUACAGGAUAGUGAGAUUUGUAUUGAUAUAUCGGUCAUUUUAGCUAUAAAAGACACUGCAUGUAUGAUCGAGGAUUGAUUGUGUGUGUUUAAGUUGGUCCUUUUUCUUAUUCUCUCUCUCUCCCCCUCUUCCUUCAUUUCACUCCAUCAAUCACCGCUGUUCUCAGUUUGUUACUUCAUCUCAUUUUUUAUCUCUCCCCUAGCUUUCUCUCUUUCCCUCUGUCUCUUUCUUUUUUCAGCUAUUUGAUUUCUUUACAUGUACCUCACCUUACAUCUCCCUCUUUACCCUUUUAUCUCUCUCCCUCCGUCUUUCCUUUUCUCUCUCACACACAUUCACCGUCUUUGCGUCGUGCAGAAUUUUCUUAUUUUUAAUUUGCAAUUACUUGCUCCAUGUAUUUCAAUACAAUAAUAAACAUGAUAAGAUGUAGUUUUAAUUAUCAUACAUCAUUAUAUAAUAAUGAUAAUGAAAAUAAUUAUAUUGAAAAUAUAGUAAUUAAUCUUGCUUAGCAGUCUCUAAGUGCUCUACAAUAAUGCAUAAUAAUGUACAUGUCCACCAGAGGGAUGAGAUUUAGUACAUUUUGUAGCAUGAAUUUGGAAUUAUAAUUACCGUAAGGGCACUGGUAUUCAACCCGUUUGGAGAGUUUCCUCAAAUAUGGAAUUUACCUUAAUAUCAGACCUGUCUUAUUUCCAAGAGCAAAUGCUGGUUAUUCUUUUUGCGUUAUUUUUUUCUUCAACCCGUCUACUGUGUGCGCGGGCGAUCAAAUUAUACGGCGAUGGUUUUUGGCACUAGUGUUCAACCCGUCGGCACUAGUAUUCAACCUAGCGAUGAAAGAUGGCACUGUCUCUCAAUCUACCCUUGUCCCAUCCGACUAUGGACUAGACCAUUUGAGAUGAGACCAAACAGGGAAUUAGUCAAAGCCAGAAACUUACAUAGAUCUAGAUCUAGUUUAGCAAUCUAAACCAUUUUGAGAUUCGCUAUCUAUCAUCACUAGGUUGAAUACUAGUACUAGUGCAAUUCAGUGCAAAAGGCCAUCGCCGCAUAAUUGGAUCCUCCGUGCAAACAGUCGACAGAUUGAUAAAGAAAAUACUGACAACAGAUUACCCUAGAAAUAACAAAGAUAUGAAAUUAACCCUCAAUCUCCCGGGGUAUUUUGAUUCUUGUCAAUCCCGGGGGGGGGCCAUUAUGGCCCCCCCUUAAGAUCUCGGCCGCCGAUUGCGCGAGCGACGCAAAAAUUUGCACACUGGUAGUGUGCGAUGUAAUCUACUAGGCUGUAUGGUAAAAUUUUCCAAAAUAAUGAGAUUUUAUUUUAUAUGAAUUAAUUAUGCUAAUUUAUGCAUAAAUCAUACUUUUUGCUAUAAUUCACUAAAUAAAGCUCCUAGAAUGCUAAUUUUUGGUAAAAAAAUUCUUUGUAGCAAUCUUAACAAUCGCAAUUAAAAAAACUUCGGUUCGGAAAUCAAUUUCUUAUGUAUUUUAUUGUUUUAUGAAUUUCUUAUGUAUUUCUUUGUUUUUUUACUUUUUGUUUUUUAUUGUUUUUUCAAUGGAAAUCAUUCCAGACUUAGUUCUGAUCAUAAACAAGGCAAAAUUAAUUCAGUUUAAUCAGUAAAAGUAGAAAUAAUGAUACAUUUAUGAAUUUUGGCUAAAUACACAAUUUGCAUUGGAUUUGUACAUGAAAUCACGUUUAUGAGCAAUUUUGGGUCUGACAUGCACUUACAUAAUGUUGCGUAAUGUCGUAACCGUGUACCCGGGCGUCACAAAUUUGGUCUCAAAAUUUGCGCGAGACUUGAAAGUAAAAAGUCAGUGAGCGGCGAGGUCAAAAAAAAUUGCGCAGCAGAUAUAUCGCGAAAAUUGUCAAGGGGGGGGGCCAUUAUGGCCCCCCCCCCCCCCCGGGAGAAUUAGGGUCAAGAUAAAUUUCCUAUUUCUAAAUAUUUGAGGGAAUUUGUCCAAAUCUUUGAAUUAUGCCGGGUUGAAUACUAGUGCCCAUACGGUAUGUAUGAAAGAGAAUUAUGUAAUGUAUUUUUGACCUAUUUCUUAAUUUGAAAUUGUUUACUACAUGUGCAUGUAUUUCAGUCACAUAAUUCAAAAGGAUGAGAUGAAAUACAUUUCAUAUCAUUAAGUAUGUGAUAAUGAAUAUGUAACAUAGAGAAGUGUGUAAUGUACAUUGUAUCACAGUCUGAUUUUGAACUGAUUUGAUCCUGUGUAUGAUGAUUAAUUGAUACUUGAAUGAACAUAUUGUUUUAUAGCUUUUAGGAAAAUGUAUUAAUAUAUAUGUACACCAUAUUAUUUGUAUUAUCGAGUCUUUUCAUACAAUGGAACAAAGCCACAUGUAUAUACAGGGCGGUCAUCUAAACAUUUGUUGAAUAUUAAAUUGCAAAUGAUGAUAUUUUUGUUUCUGCUAGUACUAUAAUGCAUUUUUAAGUCCAUUUCACAGCAGUCAAAAUGUUGCAGAAGUCAAAAAGCAGUCUUGAGACUUUCUAAUAUUAGAUGCUUGUUUAUUUUUUCACCCAUACAUUUAUGGCAAAAAAUAUUAUUGGUCAAAGUUUUACAUAGAGCUACAUGUUAACUGAAAGGGUAAAAAUGGCAAAAUAUUAGUGCAUUGCUGUUUUUUUUCAACCACCUGUAUUUGUAGUAGGGUCAACACAUUUUCUUUCACUCAUGAAAUAUAACCGUGAUCUUUCAUACAUGUAUCUGUCCAAUUCAUGCCUUGUUUUUCCCAGUCCUGGGGCAGGUUUCAUAAACACUUUCAGAAAUAACUUACAACUAAUGCCAUCCAUGGAAACAUUGACUGUGAUUGGCUGCUGAGCCCUGUUACCAUGGUAGUUACGAGGAUGGUAAAGUUAUCAUUAUUGUAAGUCCUUUGUGAAAAGAGCCCCUGGUACUAUACAUGUAAGACUACUUCAGGUAUCUGUGUAUGUAAUAGUGUACAAGGUCUGCUUUCUGAACUAGACUCCUAAAUCUAUGGCUUUCAACAAUGACCUGACAUUGCUCCUGGGAAAUUCCCUAAAGAAUACUUGCCGGCCUACAUUUACCCCCUUAUAUGUGAUACAUGUACCUUCCUCAAACGGUUCGGAGCAAUUUUGGCGGUUAUAUUGUAGUUAAAAAGGAGAAAAUGCCAAAGACAGCUUUUAUAUUCCAGAGUAAUACCAAACAUAUUAUGGUGUUGUUAACAAAUAUAGCUACUUCUGUUUUCUAUGGCCCGUAUUCUGAACCUGGGUUGGUUUAAGGUUGGAGAGCAGAUUGGGGUACAAAUCCCCAACAGUACACAUCCAAUUUAUUAACUCAGAUGACGUCUAAAUUGUCUGGGAAAGAUAAUUGAAGUAUUUUUCUUCAUUAUGAAAGCAAAGGGAAACAGAUGAGAAAUAUAGAAUAUAAGCAGAAUUUUUGGCUCCCCAUAAUUUCAGACCAGACUUACAUGUAGACCAUGGUUUAAGUUAAACCUGACUUCAGAGUACGGGCCUAUGGGUCAAUUUUGUUUUUAGUACUUUGUCACUUCUGCUUAUUAGUCUGUGUACCCUGUGAAGAGUGUGUAUAUUCGUGUCUCAAAUUAUGAAUUUGUUGUAUCAAUUGAAUUUGAAUUGGAGCGUGGCUUUGUUCUUGUCAAUAAGAUAAAUGAAUUAAUCAAUUACUCCAAGGCCUGUGGCUAACAUAUGAUUUUUAACCAUCAAAAUUAUGUUGAGAAAAAAGUCGGAAAAAAUCAAGUGAGUGUACCCAUUAAAUGUUUAUGUCCUGUACAUGUUUAAAAUGUUAUAUAAUACAGUAUUUGCCAUUUUCUUGUAGUAAAAUUAGUGUAUCCAUACAGGUGUGUACAGUCAUCAUUUUUAACAUGGUUUUUGUAUUAGUGUCGGGAUUUCUGAUGUUUUGUGAUCGUUAUCACUUUAAAACUAUGAUAUAAGCCAUGGAAUUGAGUCAUUCUGUCUUGUACAUGUAUCAUUUUAUGUUUGUACACAUCAGAUUAAAAGAGAUGCCUUUUCAUUUUUUGCAAAAAGAAA